CAAUCCUGAUGCGGGCCGUCAUUAAGCGCGCGCGUCAUGCCGCUCGAGUCAGGCACGGGCUCUUGACUAACAUUUUCGUGUGGACAAUCCGCUAAUGCCGUCCUGUUUCGGGAUCGUAGCGUCCACUACAGAACAUACCUAUGCGAAUCUCGGUCGAAGCACGAUCGAGAUCUCUUCCAUGGACUCACAGCUGGCUCAAAGAAGGAGAGAAAAGCACAACAAAAAACCGUAGAACAUAUCAAGCGGUGAGUCAUUCACGAGGCGAACAGACGUUGUAUUCACGCGAUUGCGGAGGGGCCUCUUUGUUUCACUGGUCACGUAUUCACAUUGUUCAAAAAAAUUCGUAGGUAGUCAAAGAAAGUGUUGGCGGCUGUGCUGCGGAUCGACGC